GAGCUGUGCUGAUGUGGUUACUGUCAAACGCAACCUGUAACCAUGAUGGGGAAAUGGAAGUUCCAACAAACCAAAGAGAAGCAGAGGGAAAUACAGGGAAAAUAAAUGGAAGGAUUAUACUUCUGACACAGUUUUUUCCUAACCUGUGCUGCCAGAAGGUUUCAAGACCGAUAUAAUUUGUUUCCACUGAACCCUUGAAAGGAUCUGUUAAAGGGUUUAUAAGAAGAAAUAGGAACCGUUUCUCAAGCUGAAGACAAAGUAAAAGAAAACCAUAUCAUGUGUUAGAAUACCGAAGAGUGAAAUUUCCUGGAUUAGUAUAUUUCUGGAUUGUGAAGCGAAGAAAAGAAGAGGUUGAAAAUGGGGAGAAAGAAAAUACAGAUCACGAGAAUAAUGGAUGAACGGAACAGACAGGUCACCUUUACAAAGAGGAAGUUUGGAUUAAUGAAGAAGGCAUAUGAGUUGAGUGUACUCUGUGACUGUGAAAUAGCACUCAUCAUUUUUAACAGCUCUAACAAACUCUUUCAGUAUGCGAGCACUGAUAUGGACAAAGUUCUACUUAAAUACACAGAAUACAACGAGCCCCAUGAAAGCAGAACCAACUCAGAUAUUGUUGAGACCUUAAGAAAGAAAGGCCUUAAUGGUUGUGAGAGCCCUGAUGCUGACGAUUACUUUGAGCACAGUCCACUAUCGGAGGACAGAUUCAGCAAACUAAAUGAAGAUAGUGAUUUUAUUUUCAAGCGAGGCCCUGCUCUGAACAAGAAGGAACACAGAGGGUGCGACAGCCCGGACCCUGAUACUUCAUAUGUGCUCACGCCACAUACAGAAGAAAAAUAUAAAAAAAUUAAUGAAGAGUUUGAUAAUAUGAUGCGGAAUCAUAAAAUCGCACCUGGUUUGCCUGCUCAGAACUUCUCGAUGUCGGUUACGGUUCCAGUGUCCAAUCCCAACACUUUAACCUACAGUAACCCAGGGAGUUCCCUCGUAUCCCCAUCGCUGGCAGCCAGUUCAUCCUUAACAGACACGACCAUGCUCUCCCCACCUCAGACCACCCUGCAUCGGAACGUAUCACCUGGGGCUCCUCAGAGACCACCGAGUACUGGCAAUGCAGGUGCAAUGCUGGGGACAACUGACCUCACAGUGCCAAAUGGAGCUGGUACCAGUCCAGUUGGAAAUGGGUUUGUGAAUUCUCGAGCUUCGCCAAGCCUACUCGGAACUACUGGCGGUGGGAAUGGCUUAGGGAAAGUCAUGCCUACAAAGUCUCCACCUCCACCUGGAGGAGGUAACCUUGGAAUGAACAAUCGCAAACCAGACCUCCGUGUUGUCAUCCCACCCUCCAGCAAGGGUAUGAUGCCGCCAUUGUCGGAGGAGGAUGAAUUGGAGUUGAAUACCCAAAGGAUAAGUAGUUCUCAGUCUACACAGCCUCUUGCUACCCCUGUGGUGUCUGUGACAACUCCAAGCUUGCCUCCGCAGGGACUGGUGUAUUCGGCCAUGCCUACUGCCUACAACACUGAUUACUCCUUGACUAGUGCAGACCUGUCUGCCUUGCAGGGAUUUAACUCCCCAGGAAUGCUGUCCCUAGGGCAGGUAUCUGCCUGGCAGCAGCACCACCUCGGUCCAGCAACCCUCAGCUCUCUUGUUACUGGCAGCCAGCUAUCUCAGGGUUCAAAUUUAUCCAUUAAUACCAACCAAAACAUCAACAUAAAAUCUGAACCAAUUUCACCUCCCCGGGACCGUGUAACUCCCUCUGGGUUCCCGCAACAGCAGCAGCCACAACAACAACAACAGCAGCAGCAGCAGCAGCAGUCGCGUCAGGAAAUGGGUCGCUCUCCUGUUGACAGUCUCAGUAGCUCCAGCAGCUCUUACGACGGCAGCGACCGGGAAGACCCACGGAGCGAUUUCCAUUCACCUGUGGUGCUGGGAAGGCCACCAAAUUCAGAAGAUAGAGAGAGUCCAUCGGUAAAACGAAUGAGGAUGGACACAUGGGUGACAUAAACUUGCAGUGUUGCCUCUUCAGUUUUGUGUUCUCAAAAUGAACUGUCCUGACAUAUCUAAAUUUAUAAAUAAGGACAUGAAAUAAGUAUAUUUAUAUGUAUAUACAUACAUGCAUAUAUAUAUCUUCACAUGCAUAUAUAUGUGCUAGUGUGUGUAGCAUACACAAAAUCAUCAGGCACUUAUUACAAACUUCUUGUAUAGCUGCAGAUGUCCCAUGGUAAAAUGUAACAGAACAAUCCUAUAGGUAUUGAUCUAGUCUGGCACUUACCUGGACUUGUUGUUUUAAUAAUAUAACCUGUUUUGCAAAGAAACAUUGUACCCGUAUUAUAAUCCUACCACACUAGAUUGCAGAAACCAAGAGGGCUCGCCUGUAGUAAUGUCCCUGUGUGUUUUAUUAAAGCUGUAUGGUUACUUGUAGUUAAGAAAUAAUGCUUUGUAGCAGCAGAGCAGUAGAAAAGCAGGAAGAAGAAAGCAAUACUGUACAUAAAAUGACCUUUAUAUUACCCAACCUGGCAUGGGUCUCUAUUGCAGAGGGUGCAUGGAGAAGGGCUGAUGCUAGAAAACAUAAAAAACAAAAACCCUGUUUUGCACGUGCAAAAAAAUAGUGUAUUGGGUCAAAGAAGUGAUUUUUUUAAUGAGUGAAAGAGAGACAUAGAGAACUCGCAUGAAAUAUUCAGAAAAUAUUAGCCUAGAAAAUAGAACGUUAACAAAAUAAAAUUAAUAUAUUAAGUUAUAAUUGGAAUAUGUUUGACAAAUUUGUUUUUACGUUCAUACCUUUGAAAAAUAUAGAAACGGAUUUUAGCUCAUGUAUAUUUUAUAUUAAAGAAAACAAUACCCUAAUGAAUUGAAGACUAUAUAUAAAGUUAUAUACAGUACUUUUGAACACAUUCUGCUAUGAAUUAUUUAUAUAAGCCAAAGCUGUAUGUUGUAGCUUUUUUGUAGAGUAUAGUUUUAUCUUAUUUUGACUUUCUAGUUUUUGCUUUCAAAGAUGAAAAGGAAAAACUUGCAGGCGGAACCUUGGGGGAAAAAUAAGCCAUGAACACUUAUAUGUAAAUUUAAAUUUGAGCCAAACUCUUUGUGUAUAUAGCAUCUUAAAUAUAUUAUCACCUUUGGUGUAAGUACCUAUGUAUUGUACGUUCACCAGAUUAAAAAGUAUAUUUUUGUGGAUUGACGCCAACUUGAAAAAGGCGAGGUCCUUAUUAAGUAGAGUAUUCACUGUUUAAUAUUUACUAUUUUGUUAAAUAUACUGUACUUUCUUUGGAUUUUAAUUAUUAUUAAUAUUAUUAUCCAGAUUUUUCAGAGGGUGUAUAAAGGGGUUGUCCCCCUCACUGGUGGUGAAUGUGUGCCGUUAAAUUGUAAUCUCUGUGCUGUAUGGUUAAGCUUCAUUAUACAUUUUAUAUAUAUGUAUAUAAAUAGCAAAGUGGCAAAAAAAAAUCCGGUGUUAAGUUCAUCCUGCAUAAAUAUAAAAAAUCUGUUACAACACAUUUUAAGGCAUCAUUUUAAAACUGCCUCUUCUGAGGAGGAAAAAAAAAGUGGAAAAAACUUGACCUAAUUUCUUAUGAUAGGGAAAUAACACAUAUCAGAUGAGCACAAAAGGUUUUUUAAGUGGUAAGUGGUUUGGGAUAAAAGCUCAGCUUUCAGAAUUAAAUGCGCUGUUUCUCUUUGCUGCUUCCAUCCAAUAGAGCAAGGAAUCCAGAGGCCCGUGGUGCUGUCACAGCUGGUGAGGAGAAGUUUGGUUUGGGCUUGGAUUCACCGUGUGGCGUUACCGAGGGGGUUGUACAGCCUAGGUGUGCUGUAAGGAGAAGGGUGAGGAGGGAAAUAGCAGUGCUGUAGGCCCUUGGCUUCUAGGCCCUGGGUAGGUCAGUGGGCGAGCGGUGGUGAAGGCUGGGUGUGAGCAGCAGCCGCAGGAGCCAAGAGCUUGGUGUCGCAGGCUGUGCGACCUGGCUGGGUGCGAGUGGUUUUGCGUUAGGGAGCGUUGUCGCCUUGUAGAAAUCUGAUUCCAGUUCUGUGCCGUGCAUCUCAUCUCCCUGUGCACGUGUUCUUUUGUACUGGGAACCAAAGGGAGUAGGUAUUAGUAAAUCUCACUGCUGUGGGUAGUUUUGGGCGAAAAACUACAGUGCUGUGUUAUUCCUGAAACCCCUUUAAAGUAAUCCCUGUCAUUUAUAAAAUAAAAUUUGGCUUUUUUUUUCUUAAUCUCACUUGAUACUGUAAGAAAGAAGUAUGAGAAAUGAAAAUCCGGUGUGGACAGCUAUCUUGGCUGCUUGCUUUAAUGUGUGAUGGAAGAACAAAGUUAGGACGUACAGCCUCUAAAACCUGCUGCGUGUUGUCAUGGUAACCUCUGAAGUCGUACAGGUUUCAAUUUGUUUCAGCCACUUAACUGUGGAAAUCAUUCUCCAUUUGCUGCAGUUCGUUAUCAACUUGCAGAAGCCGACAGGAAAAUGAGACCUUUUCUAACAGCAAUUCAAUUUCCAAAGUGACUGAAUUCACUUACCACUACAGAGAACCUUUUAAUGCUUUGAAAAGUUAUGUGAUUUUUUUUUUUCAUUAUUUAUGCACAUCUAUGAACUUUGCUGUACAUCUGAGUGGGAGUUCUGCAUUCACAUUUACUGUCUAUUUUCUUGUGUGCCUUAUAAGAUGGCUUUGCUGACUGUAUCUCAAUAGUCUUUAUUUCUAUGCAGGUUUUUAAACAGUAAGUACUAUUGCUGUUUUCUUAAAGAAAAAAGCUACAUAAGGGUUAGAGUUUGUAUUGAAAUUGCACCAGUGAAUUUAAACAAACAAACAAAAAUGGUUCUGAAGAACUGAUCCUGGGACUGUUAACGUGUUGCCCAAACCCCUCCAACAGACUCGGCAGAACAAGUCUUUCACAGACCUCCUGUGUCAGUGGGAGAAUCUCAUGCCAUGAAGUAAAUGGGAAUCCUGAUUUUUAGUAACAAGUAAUGAACUUUGGAACAUACUUUUUUAGGAAUUGUAAAAAAAAAAAAGAAAAAGUUUUAUAAAAAAAGACAUAGCACAGAUAUUUCAACAGUUGAAAAAUACUUUUUUUAAUUAAAUAUAUUGAAUGACGUUGCAAGUGGAUCCGAUCCUAGUUUGAACCUAUUCAAGUCUGAAUGAUUUAAGAUUUUUAUCUUCUAUUGUGACAAAUCACCUCUCCAUCUUUGAGCUCUCACUGUAGUAUUUAAAAAUUCACAUGUAAUCAGGGAUUCGUCAGAUAAAAAUGCUUUAGCCUUUCCUUUCACUUAAAGGACACUAAUGCAUCAGAAACUUGCGAAUUACUGUGCGCACAAGAAAUACAUAGUAAAUAAGGAACAUAAUAACUCCUAACAAUUGAUCAUGGAAAGACGUUAAAUUAGAAUGUGAAAGAAAGACUUAACAAAUGUAAACAUUUGAAUCUUAGUAGAAACUUUCUUCACUUUGCUGUGCAAGAGAACACUGCUUUGCUAUAUUUAAAAUGGCUUUUUUAAAAGAGAUUUAUGUAUUUGGUAAAUGUUUGUAGUCAACAGUUCACAAAGAAGCUGUUCACGGUUUAAUGAUGAUAAGCCGUUUGGCGGCACAAGCUGGACUUUGUUGCCAUCCUUGAGACGAAUCUUUUAAGAAAAAAAAUAAGUUAAUCUCAAUUUUUUCCCUGAAUGUGUUGUUUUUUCUUCAAUAUACAAUAAAUAUUCUAGUGAACUUUUUAUCAAAUGGUUAAGAAAAAUGCUAGAGGUUGUUGUAAAAUAUUUGUAUCCUGCAUUCACUAAAGUAAAGAUACUGGCUUUUACUGUGUA